UGACUGAAUUGUGGUGCAACAAGGAGGGAUGUUCAGUGGACUCAGGUGAUUGCUGUAACUCGGCUCAGCUGAUGAAGAAAGUGCCGUUUGAACUCAGUGAGCUCUUCUGUUUAUUGCUGAUGAAAGCCUGCAGAUGGCAGUUUAGCUGAUCCUAAUGAUCAUCUUUGACGUUGGCCAUGUGGAAUCAAGACUGCAGUCAGUCCAGUAUUGGGACCUCGAGCUGCAAAGCUGCACCAUCAAAGAAGGCACACCUUGAGAUUUUUCCCUGCACCGUAUCUCAGCUGCUGGCUGCUGAUCAACUCACCAAUGGCUGCUUCACAAUCUGCGACUGUGAGCUCAACCAGGUUUCUAUUGUUGGGAUCAUCCGAGGAUUUGCUCCAUUUGUGACCAAUGUGCAGUACUCUGUGGAUGACAUGACUGGUCCACCCCUGAAUGUGAAGCUGUGGGUUAACACGGAGGAUUACCCACCGAUGAUCAUCACUUCUCCAGGAACGUACGUGAAAGUGAUUGGAAGUCUGCGCAGCUGCAGUGGGCAAAGGUCAUUACUGGCAAUGACUAUCCGACGUGUAAAGGACCCGAAUGAGAUCAGCUCCCACAUGUUGGAAGUGGUACAAGCUCAUAUGCAGCUUUUCAGAAAGGUCUUUGAUGUGAACAUGAAUGCCACUGUGGUGCCGCAGCCUGAAGGGAGCAGUGGGAUGCAUCCUCGAGGCUUUUUACCAAAUGGUUUGUCUACAGUCCAGGGCCAGGUGUUGCAUGUAAUCAAGAUGUUUUCUGUCCAUGAUGAAGGAAUCAGUUUCCAUGACCUGGGAACAAAAUUGGACUACAUUAAUGUGCGAGACAUCAGGUCCUCCUUGGCUUUUCUCAUAAAUGAAGGUCACAUCUUUUCCACCAUUGAUGAGCAUCAUUUCAAGGCAGCAUAACAUCGGCUCCCUAUGGAAAAUGAAGGAAAACUGGUCAUGGACCACAGGCAGAACAAAGCAUGUAAUUUUUAGUUUGUGAAAGAUAAAUCAUAUUACUAUCCUUUUCUUGCAAAUGGCUGCUAGAGUAGCCAUGAUUGAACCUUUAGUUGUAUUAUGUAUCUAAUCUUGUGGGUUCCCUGCACUGUGAUUGGUCUGUUUGCUUUGGAUUUAAAUGACAAAUGCAUUUGUACCAGGCACACUUGAACUUCUCAUCCCUGUAUAAUGUUUAAUUCCAUAUGAUUUUUGGUUCCAGUAUGGAGUGGAAAAAAAAGUCUAAUCUUCACAACAAACGAUAUAUAAAACUUUACUUUCUUUACUUUUUGCAUCUUUGGUCCAUAUGUCAGGAUUGUUGGUUCUCCAGGUUUAAAAUUUUGCCAUCUUCCACUGGAACGAAUAGGCUCAGUAGCAGCCAGGUGCUGUUACUCAGAUGGAUUGAUUAACUUGUCAGAAGCCUCAUGAGCAGCCCUUAAAAAUCAAAAGUUUGCUCCUCUGGAGCGGUCGGUUAAGUUAACACAACCCCUGAGAAGAAACAACAAAUGUCUGCUAUUCUCAUUCUAAAGAUCAUUCAGGUAAAUUUUGUUUUUGUUUCUUUCACUCCUGUGCUUCUACAUUUAAAAUGAAAACAUUUUGAACCCACAAACAUUAACGUUUAGCGGUUCUGUAAUGUGUGACUAAUGAAAUUCAGUUGAACUGUAAAGAAAUAAUCCAAUGUCAGCUACAGUCGAUGACACUGACCCUUGACCUGUGUAUGAACAGGACAUGAGAUGAGAACUGUUCAACAGUAAAUGCAUCCUCACAUUGUUCCUCCACAAAUGAACCACGUUUUGAAGCGAGAGCAGCUUCACUUCCUGCUGAGGCAGAGUGGGAGUACUGGCAGAUUAAUGAUCAUGUUUGAUUUACAUUACUUUUGGUUUAUGCAUAAAGAUGAGGGAUUCUGUCUGAUACUAGAUUGAUAUGUGAAAUGAUCCCAGAAUGUAAAAUGUUUAUUCAAAGCAGAAAUAAAUGUUGAAAAAAAUAAAAUAAAAUAAAAAAAACCUAGCUUGGAAUAGUGCUUUACAGAAUGUUAUGUCAGGAAUGUCUUUAGUGCAUCGGUCAGCAAGAUGCUCCCCAGGGGCAAGGCACUAGACAUCUGCCAGGAGGAAGCUGGAUUCAAGCCCACAGCUUUUGAAUUCCAAGAUGAAUUAUUCCUGUUCCUGAAUCUUCCUGUUUUCAACACCAUCUUUUUCUAAUCUGCCAAUAAGGUCAUAAGGAACAUUAAAUGUCUGACUGUGAGCCUCACAAAAGGAAAAGUAUCUUCAGAAACCUCCAUCCUUAUAGCCCGUUCCUCUUUUACAGUGUCUUAUGACAGUGUGUGCUAAGAAAAUACUCUGUCCCUUGUAUAAAGUGAAGGGUGUCAUCAUCUCAACAUUAUCCAGGAUGUUAAAGCUUAACUCUACCAAAGUGGCAUAGUUUAAGGUUUCAAAGGGUUUUCGCAAUCUGAUUAUUUAUAAUUUCAUGUUUUUUGCUGCUGUUCCUUUUCUUAAAACUAAACAGAUCAUCAAAAACUUGCUGGUGGAAUAGCAGAGACGGCUACAUGGAUGACAAAUGUCACCAUAGGCCAAGUUCUGGACUGUCACACAGGUGAAGGAGCAGGGUCAGAGGACCUGUGCCAAGGCAUCGUCCUGCAUUUUCACAUGACUGGGGAACCAGAGCCAGAAAUCAUCUAUGUUUAGAGAGAAUAUCAGGAAUACCUUGAGUGGUUUGGACCGUGGAGGACCAAAGAGCAAAUGGACAUUUUUCUUUUUGAGACAAUUCACAACUGGUCUCACCACAGAGCAUCAUCCUCUGUAUGGCACUUUCUGCUCUAAUUUGUCCUCCCGCAUGUAUGAAUGGGAUCAAGAUUAAAUAAGAUGCCUUAAAGAAGCCAAGAGAUCAGAGCUGAAUAAAAGGGAUGCUGGUCAUCGUCCCACAGACGUACAAGUUUUCGCUAGCAUUACUUCCAGUGAGCUUUCAAAAAGAAGAAGCCCAGAACCUCAUCCAGGAAGUCCAUAUGGGAACUGACUGACACCUCAGGUUUACGUCUGAUUAACCCUGAGAGCAUGACCCAUGUGUGGCAAGUGCAACAGAAGCACCUCCCAUGCAUCCAAGACUCGCCCGGUGUUGAACUGUGCACCAGAAUUGGCUCAACACAAAAGCGAGAGAAGGAACUGAACCUUUAGAUUGGCAGAGGGUUGUCUUCAGUUCAAAGCUUUCAUCAACAUCACUGCACCUUUAUCCCCAGUAAUUGGUACCUUUGAUGUCAUUUGUCAGAAUGUUAAUUGUACAUGUGAAAAUAUCAAUUGAAGCAUUAUUUCU